GGAGAGUUGACGGGGUGAGGAGCCGGUCAGCCCCCGUGGGAGGGACCGGGUGAGGGAAGAGGGCAUGUGAGUUGGUGAUGUGUGGUGAAGUCGCAAUAUGAAGCAGCUUGUUUGUAUAAGGUGGGUAGCACGAGGAAGGCUGAGGUAAGUCGAGAAUGUAUCAAACCAACUCUGGUUUGCUUGCCACCAGCGUAUCGAAGAAAAAGAAACAACUCAAAAAGAUGACACGACAGCUAAAGCUAGCAAGAACGACAAGCAAGAGCAAGCAAGAACAGACAAGACGUCAUGGAACGAAGAAAAAGUAGGGGUCCAUCUUCAAGCUUAUAAGAGCUUGCUGUCAGUCAGCACGCGAGUACCGAGAGAGAAAAACUUUCUAUUCCUGGCUGGCCUCCAUCGGGAUUGUCUAACUAACCCCUGGGGGACCCUGAUGAAUCACAGGUCGAUUUUUUCCCCCUCUGUUCUUCACGUUUCAAAAGAGUCAUUGUUUCCCAUAUCCGGAUACCGCGGCGGAGUGCGGGUCUACCCGUUGCAGCAGCAGGGUGAGCUCUGCGAACUUGACAGGUGCGCCGCCGCCGCCGCCACAUUGUCGGGUCUGCUGGGAACCCCGUUGAGAGAAAGGGUCCAACAGAAGAAGCGCGGAAGAAGUCGUUGAUGUCAAAAAGACGUCACGUCAAUGGUCCGGAAUCGGAUUGGGGGGCACUGCUGAGAAUAGGUCUCCCGGGCUUUUCCGUCGCGAGCCCCGCGGGAUACGAAUAGUAUGCAGUACGCAGGAAGACCGAAGACCCGAGGUUCUCCUCCUGCUGGUCUCGGUAUUCUCGCAAAACAGGGCUUCCAGUAUGGAAAAGAGAAGAGUCAUGAAAUGGGUAGGAAACGAAGGUGUCAUUUCAAAAAUUAUGUGAUAUUAUCCACAGAGGACGGGAUCGGCGCCAUCUGAAUUUGUUGGAAGUGCCCCUCUUCUUCGGUACAUAGUGUACAGCAAGGCUGCUUUAGCGGCGAUGGUGGGGGUUUUCGGGAAUGUGCCAAGAUGAGCCUCUGCCGGGAACCAUACAGGUACGCUAUAUUUCUCACCAUCAAGGGGAAGCUGUCGACACGGAUGAUGGCUCCGGCACGCCCGGUCUCUUUGCGCAAAAUUGCGGCUCUCUACGGAGUGUUCGUCUUUGGCUUAUCCGGUAUGAUCGGGAUGGAGGCGUUGAGCGGUGUAUAUCUACUGGAGAGUGUCCCUGUCAGCAUCUCUCGGUCCGGGUGAGUGUAAGACCUCAACAACUUGUGCUGGCUGAGAGGGUUGGGGAACUCCGAUUCGGAGAAAUAUGGACAGUCCACGAGCUCAGCGGCACAAAAGGGAGGGAUUUCCUUGUGGGAUUCAGCUUGCUGGCAGCUGAAGAGAGGAUAGCCGAGCGUGAACCGAUGGUUUUCGUUUUCCACCCAUCUUCAACACCACAUGCUUGGAGGAAGUCGACGAGAUGUGGCUUGUGAGUCAAUCCUCUGGAUAUCUCUCGGGAAACACCUUCUCCUCACAUGUUUGGGAGGGAGAGCUGAUACCUCACAUGUCAAAUCUGGGGCUAUCAACAUGUGGCCUGGAGGGGUGCUGGAAGAUCGAAUCAAGAGCCGCCAUCCCUCGAGUCCAGGGGCCAAUGGUUUUUCUUAAAUAUCAUGAACUCGAAGGGUUCCCGAGACAAAACACCAAAGAGCCUCCCUGCAGUCCCAAGUGUUAUCAGAGCAGCGGUGACCCUGGACAAAAUAACCGGUACUGUAAGUCGGUAAAACAUAUAAUAUCUAUUAACUUGCACCCUUUUCAGUAGAUAAUAGGCCUAUUAGCUCUUGUAUAAGACCUAUUGACCACUUAUUUUGCAGUGCCGGUUGUUUUGUCCACGACGUGCUCGCAAGUAUCCGCCUGUGGUCAUAAAUAUUGCGUGCUUAGGCCGAUAUUACCAAGUUACCCGAGGUGAGCGAGGCAAGGGAAACAUACAGAAAGCAACAUCAAACUGCUGCCAUCCUGUUGCCCGGUGAGAAGAGACGCAGCCAUCGUGGGAAAAUACUCCCGUGCCGCUUGUUUGAGAUGCAGGUGUCCAAAAGGUCAACAACCAAGGAAGAGCAAUCGCAGGAAUCACUUCCUUGAUUGGAGGGCUGAGCCAGCUCUUGGCAGCAAAGACAGGGGGUGGGCCUGGCCUGAAGCAACUGUGGGGUUUCACGAGCAAGGGCAAUAUCAGGAUGUUACCCCAGCAACACCACUUCUGGACGAACGAGGGGUCACAGCUCGUGUUUACUGCUGGUUGACCAAUCAGGACACCAGUCGCGGGACCGCCAGCCCAACCGAGAGUGACUUCCUUAAACACAACACCACAACGCACAAACCGCAUUCCCAAGACGGCGCGCCUGUUCUCCGUUGUCUCCGUUGUCAUCAUUCCUCUCGCCGACUCCCCUUCUUUCGCCGCCAGCACCGGCAUUCCAGUAAUAUAUUGAUUUUGUACCAUUGCCCAUUUGCCUCGGUAAUACAGUUGUUACUUGGCCGUCCAGCAGCUAUCUAUCGCAUUCGAGUUAGAGACACGACGCCCGCCUGCGUCUGCGACCGCGACAAUCAAAGCGCGUCUUUUUUUUUUGCGACUCUGCGACACCCGCUUUCUUCUUUUUCUGCCACUUUCUCGGCGCAUUCUUCACAGCAUCGCCAGCUGCUCGGUGAUGCCCUCACCGCCUUUUUAGCGGCCUUCUCUUCUCAACAUCACAGGCAAGCAAAAAGAUAGCAAUUCCACACAUUGAUGAGCAAAAUGGAGCAAGAGGACCCUGUACAGCCAUUGCGCCUCUCCAAGGGGAGCAACGGCAGCGCGCCAUCUCCUCAGUCGACUCGACCCAGCGGAAUCCCUCGUCCGCUUUCCGAGAUCUCACCCCACGAGAGACGUAGAAACUCUCCCAGCUGGAACCAGGCGACCCAGAAACCAGCGACAAUGACGGAUUCUUCGCCAUUCCAGUCGUCGCCCCUGGAGAACGUCACAUCGCCCCGUCUCUUCUGGCAGAACCGCAGCUUCAACUCGGACGAGCGCACUGGCUCACCCACCCGCCGCUCAUCCAUCGAACGAUUGCAAAAGGCUUCCCGCGUCAAGAACAGCAAUCUCCGGGCCCUGGAGCAGAAGGAGGAGUACGACCCAGCCAAAAUCCCCGAUAUCCAACGCCCUCUCUCUAAGAUUCAGGGGAACAACUUUGGCGGCGGCGGCGUCAAUGGUUUUCAGGGACGACCACUAUUUGGCCACGGCAAGAGCCAGAGCACCACCAGCAUCCCUAUCCUGAACCCGCCCUCCCUGACGAAAGCAGCAACGAUGCCGAUUUCCACCUCGCCCAUCCGGCCGACAACGCCCAGCAAGGAGUCCGGAUCACCGUUGAAAUCCUCUCUCUCGUCAAAUCGAUUCAAGAGCAGCUUUGAUCAUGAGACAGGAAUGUGGUCCGAUAUAUCUGGAGACGAGCGUCGUCUGCCCGAGGGCAAGUCGCUGCACCGCCAUGCAAAGAGCGUCACUUUCGAUCAAGCGCCUCCUCAAGUCAACGAGUACGAGAUGGCCACCCCCGCUCCUUCUUCGAUCGGCAGCAACUCGAGGGAGGGCAGCUAUGAUUCCACCGACGAGGACGAUGACGAUGACCAUUACAUGAUUCAUAACAUGGACCAAGACGACAGCUUUGACGCGUCACUGGAGGAUACCGACAAGACGCCUGUGGUGGGUCCCGAUGACUGGAGGCACAACAAUCACGAGGAUCCGUUUGACAGAAGCCCAAUGCCGGAUGAUAUGCCGCCCGUCCCUAGACCCCAUCAUCAGCGCACUGAUUCGUUGGCCUCCAAUGGGGAAAGCCGCCCGUUGCCACCUCUCCCUGGCAUGGACGGGACUUCAAGAAGCCUCCCUUCUCCUCCCUCCGCUUCCAAAUUGGAGGCUCAGGGUCUUGGUAACAGCAGGAUGCCUCUGGAGGAGCGGUUGAAGCUUAUGAUGCUUUCUGACGAUGGCAAGUCUGCGGCCGAGCAGCAACGUGAGCGCCGCAUGCGCCGUGCUGGUGCCCGUGGUAGCCAGACACCCGAUCACGAGUCUAAGAGCCCCGUUGUUCAGCCACAGGAAGACGAAGAGGAGCUUGACACUGUUGGCGAGCUUUCGGGCCUCGACGAGUACCAGCUGCCUCCGCGCAUUUCUCGCGAGUCCAUCCUCCGACGUGUUAAUGGCAACAAGGCGCUGGACCGCGAGUCCGACUACAACUUUUCAUCACCCGCCGUUGGCAUGUCUCCCGGCCGCCAAGUUUACGACCCCGACGUUCCCAUUCCCAGCACCGAGGACAAUGUUUCUGUUCUCGGCGACGAGCCAGUCUCUGUUUUGGAUGAUGAGUCGGAUUACGACUCGGAUCAAGGAAGCGUCAUCAUCAAGCGCGAUCCUGCUGAUCAGGAGUCUGACCUGUACUCGAUUCCCGACACGUACGAACGGUCCGAGGUCACUGACGACUAUUCUUCUGACUAUGACAGCGACAGUCGGUUUGAUGAGGAAAGCCAGUACUCCGAGGGGACGGACCUGCAUGUGACCAAGUCAUCACAAACCCAGGAGGAUGAUCAGGUUCCUACCCCCAGGGCAACUACUCCGGUGGAUGAGCCCACUCCUCUGGUUCAAGAAACCGAGAAGGCGCUCCCCGAGGCGCCCAAGGAAAACCGCCUGUCUAGGGGGUUGGAGGCUUCCUUGUUGCCCAAGCCUGAAGAGAAGGAGGCUGUUCCCGGGCCGGAGAAGGCUUCGCAACCCGAGCCCCUGCCACAGCCUGAGAAGAGGCCUCUUACCCCGGAGCUGCAGCUCAGACGAUCUCUUACCAAGCCCGAGUACGACGGGACCGGGUGGGGAGAAGAUGAGUUUGAGGAGUCCGAUCCGGGCACUCCGGAAUCGGUCAUCCACCGGCCCAUGCCAGACAGCGAUGACGAAGAAGCUAGAGCCUCACCGGCCAUUCCCGAGCAGAUCGCGACCAUCAAGUCCGCCUCUGGUUCCAAGCUCAAGACCAGGCCUUCUGCCACACCAGCUGACCUGGCCACCAUGCGCGAGGCGCGCAGGCAAGUCAGUCGGGAGGUUCCCCCCAUCCCCGACCGCCACAGGAACAGGCUCUCUGUCAACAUGGACAACGAGCUGGCACCCCCCGCCGAGGACGACUACAUGGACCGUCACCCGAGCUUUAAGAAGCGGAGCCUGACACUGGAUCUCGACCUUGGCCUUAGCCUAGACAAGGACUUUGACCGGGUGAUCGAAGCACAAAAGCGCGGGUACCUCAUGCGGCAGAACACAAAGGUCAUCACUGCCAGUGAUAAGAUGACGGAGGACUUCAGGGCUCGGUCGGCGGGGAAUAGCCCGACCAAGGCGGCGCAGAGGCCGCAGAGCUGGACGGUGGAGCCGUGGAACAGCCAGCCGGCUCGGAAGAGGAGCUUCAAGAAGAAGCCAAGUAACUUGGGCGCUUCCGGGCCUGUUCCCCCGCUGCCUGGUCAGGAGAGUAAUGCUGCUGCUGUCGCGACGCAGAGCGGGAACGACGAGGAUGUGGGUGCGGAGCUGAGCCCGGGUGAUGAAAAUGGGGAGAGGGGAAGGCUCUUUGUUAAAGUGAUGGGGGUCAAGGAUCUGGAUUUGCCUAUUCCUAAAAAUGAACGAACCUGGUUCAGUCUCACGCUCGACAACGGAGUCCACUGCGUGACGACGGCCUGGCUGGAACUGGCCCGCAACGCGCCCAUCGGACAAGAAUUCGAAUUGGUUGUCCCCAACGACUUGGAGUUCCAGCUGACGUUGAACGUCAAGCUGGAGAAGCCGGUCGAGAAGCCCGUGGCCAAGGCACUGCCGUCGCCUACUAAGCUCAGCAAACCCAAGACGUCGGCCUUUUCCAGGGUGUUUGCCUCGCCCAAGAAGAGGAAGGAGAUGGAGCUCCGGCAAAGGCAGGCAGAGGAGGAAGAGAGGCUUGCCGCUCAGCGGGAGGCGCAGGCGAGACAGAUGAAGAGCCAGCCUACGGCGUGGGACUUGCUGAGCCCGCUGGCGGCGGACGAUGGCUCUUUUGCCAGGGCGUACGUCUGCCUCAAGGACCACGAGAGCAAGUGUUUUGGCAGGCCCUAUCUCGUCGACGUGGCGGCGUUCAACGAGUGGGCGAUGGAGGACGCGGGUUUUGCGUCUAGUGUUAAGAGCAAGAGGGGGAACAUGGGACCCGGCUCUGUCGUGAGGCGGGCACCGUACAAGAUUGGAAAGCUGGAGCUGCAGCUGUUGUUUGUGCCGAGGCCCAAGGGGGCGACGGAUGAGGACAUGCCGAAAUCUAUGAACAGCUGUAUCAGGGAGAUGAAGGCUGCGGAGGAGAGGUUGGCGAGGUGCUGGGAGGGGCAUCUCAGUCAGCAGGGCGGGGAUUGUCCCUACUGGAGGAGGAGGUAUUUCAAGCUUGUCGGGACAAAGUUGACGGCUUACCACGAGGCUACGAGGCAGCCCAGGGCCACGAUUAAUUUGGCGAAUGCCAAGAGGUUGAUCGAUGAUCGGAGGACGCUGAUGGAGAAGGAGACGCUUGGGAAGGGGGGCAAGAGGAGGAGGAGCGCGUUUGCGGAGGAUGAGGAGGGGUACAUGUUUGUGGAGGAGGGGUUCAGGAUCAGGUUCAACAACGGGGAGUUGAUUGACUUUUAUGCAGACACGGCCGAGGACAAGGAGGGGUGGAUGAAGGUGCUUGGGGAGGUGGUGGGGAAGGAGGUGGUGCCCGGGGACGGGGUGGAUGAUGUUGUUGGCUCUGUGGUGGCGGGAGGGGGGGGAGGGUCGAAGAUGAAGGGGAAGUGGUGCGAGUUGGUGAUGAAGAGGGAGGAGCAGCUGAAGCGAAAGGAGUCGGCUAGCCAGGGGGGUGGCGGGAGGAGGGUGCAUUCUAGGACUAAGAGUGCUUUGACUUGAGGUUUUCUAUCCUGGGGUGUAGUUUUCUUUUUGCUCUUUCUGGUUUUGGCGCUGCCUUUUUUUUUCUUUCACAUCUGUUGAUCACUUGCAUUACUGGGAGCGCAAAGGGAGGGAAGGGAAUUUUGGGAUGGGCAGGCAGGCAGGGCAUAAGAGAGGGAAGGAGUUGAUUGGGGGGGAGAGAGUCUGUCAAUCUGCAUAGGGUAGUAGUUCUUGUUGGAGUAAGGUAUAUUGGGGACUAAGAGGUGGUGGUUGGAUGUUGGAACACACACAUAUGGGACGACUCCGACAAAAGUCAUCACAGCAACAACAACAACAACAACAACAUUGUUUCAUUGCUUGUUUUUUUAUUUUAUUUGUUUUUGUUAUUCCACUCUCGCCCUUGCCUUUUGCUACCUUACUGAGUAGUAUUGGCACACCCAACACAAGAUGUCUACUUGUCUAUUUUGUUGCUUUUCAGCCCUGUCGCGUUGGCUUUUUUGAGUUGUAUAUCCCUUUUUCGUUCUUGAGUGCAAGAAGAAAGAAAAAAGUUGAGUUGGGUGUAGGGGGUUGGAGAUUAUGUUUGGGAUUUUAGAGAGAGAGGGAUGGGAUAGGUUUCGUUGGUGUGUGUGUGUGUGUGAAGAGAACUUUGGUAUCUUGUGUAUUGAUUGUCGUUGUUGUUGAAUUUGAGAAGCUAGUUGUAUUAAGCAGUAUUUACCUACUUGUUGAAUUUAAAAUAAAAAAAGGUUUAACCUGCGGUUUUUUGUUAC